AUGCAGCUGCCGAAGAAUGAGUCAACAUUCCUGCUCUACCUGAUGGAGAGAGGGACGAAGAUCGGAAGCAGCGCGCUGUCGAAGAUCUCGGCGGCGUAUCAAGCGGCGAACGAUGGGAUUUCCAAGAUGGGAGCGGCUUUCGUGGCGGACGUCAUCAAGAUGAAGAGAAGGCUCGAGAUUCCGUUGAAAAAGAAGCCAGUCGAGGUGACUUUGGAGGAUGUCGAAAAGAUCACACAGUUGGCGAUGCAGUCAAACAGUCCGGCGGGCGAUCGGGAUGCCUUGCUGGCGAUUCUGUCGUUCCAUGUGAUGUUGAGGGCGUCUGAGGCGGCGGAGAUCAAGUGGGACGGUGUCACUCAAACAGGAGAUCUGAUCGAGGUAAUCGUUGAGAAGGCGAAGAACGAUCAGAUGGCUCUGGGACGUCGAUCGUACUUCAACUACAAACCGGGCAGCGACGCGGACAUUCUGAUGCGCAGGUGGCGACUCAGAAGCAAGAAGAAGAAGACGUGCGAGUACGUGUUUUCGAACUUGGAGGGAUCCAAACGUCUGUCGAAGCAAUCGAUCUCGGCCCUGGCUUCGAAGAUGCUCAAGGCGAUCGGGAAAACGGGAGCGACGCACCACGGAUUCAGACGAGCUGGAGCGAACUACUUCCCGACCCAUUUUUGCUCCAUUUCAAUGCCCGAAAUCGACGUUUAUCUAGAAUUGUAAAACCUUUUUCGGCAUCGUUUUUUAUCAUCGAAACGAUCGCGGCCGACGGACAAAAUUCCAGUUUCCCGAUAUCGGUGAGCGAUUAGUUCUUGUAAAGUUCUUUUGAAAAAUCAAUAAAUUCGCAGAAGUGUGUCAUCAUCAUUUUCACCGACGAGGCUUGGACUCCGCUGCUGCGAACUGUGCAUUCUGUGAUCAAUCGGAGCCCGCCGCAGUUGCUCAAAGAGAUCAUUCUGCUGGACGAUAACAGCCAGAGAGGUUUGCUCUUUUUGCUGAAAAUACGUACGUUUAUUCUUCCAGAAGAGCUCAAAGCUCCACUCGACGAGCACAUCAAGCGGUUCGGCGGAAAAGUGCGUCUGAUUCGAAAGCACGUCCGCCACGGUCUGAUUAGAGCGAAACUUGCCGGAGCUCGUGAAGCCGUCGGGGAUAUAAUUGUCUUUUUGGAUUCUCAUUGUGAAGCCAAUCAUGGGUGGCUCCAGCCGAUUGUUCAGAGAAUCAGCGACGAGCGCUCGGCUAUUGUUUGCCCCAUGAUCGAUUCGAUCUCCGACCAGAACCUGGCUUAUCAUGGGGACUGGUCCCUUUCGGUUGGAGGUACUUGAAAAUAGUGAUUUAAAUAGAAAAUAGUAAUAUUGAGGCUUCUCCUGGGCCCUUCAUUUCACCUGGGAAGGACUUUCAGACGAAGAGACGAAGCGUCGCACGAAAGUCACCGAUUACAUCAGGUCAGAGUAGUACAGAAUUAAAAUGAUUUUUUACAAAUUCCAUUUUUAGAUCGCCAACAAUGGCCGGAGGUCUUCUGGCCGCCAAUCGCGAAUACUUCUUCGAAGUUGGCGGAUACGACGAAGAAAUGGACAUUUGGGGAGGCGAGAAUCUCGUGAUUUCGUUCAGAGUGAGUAACCGAAAGGGUAUGCGAGUGCGCGUUGGCAUGGAAACCUCAUCUACUUGCAGAACUGGAUGUGUGGCGGUUCGAUCGAAUUCAUUCCGUGCUCGCACGUCGGCCACAUCUUCCGCGCCGGCCAUCCCUACAACAUGACAGGUACAUCAAUCUCAGCUCGUUCUUCAUCCGAAAUUCCAAAACCGAAACAAUUUCAGGCAGAAACAACAACAAGGACGUGCACGGAACGAAUUCGAAGCGCCUGGCAGAAGUGUGGAUGGACGACUACAAACGGCUCUAUUACAUGCAUCGAGAGGACCUCCGAACCAAAGACGUCGGCGAUUUGAGCGCCCGGAAAGCGUUGAGAGAGCGAUUGAAUUGCAAACCGUUCAAAUGGUAUUUGGAAAACGUCGCCAAGGGGAAAUUCGUGAUGGACGAGGACGUUCUUGCUUACGGAGCAGUACGUCCUGCGCAAUUUCACAGUUUUUUCCUUAAUUCCCCCAGUUUUCAGUUGCAUACAAUCGUGGAUAAUACUCGAAUGUGUACGGACACUCUUCAGAGGGACGAGAAAAUGGCUCAGCUGUUGGGAGUGUUCCAUUGUCAGGGAAAAGGAAGCUCUCCGCAAUUGAUGUCUCUUUCGAAAGAAGGAUUUCUGAGGAGGGAGACCACGUGCGCAGCGGUCGAAGGAUCGAAUGAAAAUUUGAAAAUUUAA